AUGGCUGAGCCGCGACGGGCCUUUGAGGUGGGCUACUACGUGCCGCCCAGCAUCCAUCCGGACGACCGAUACGGCGGCAUGUACGUGGUCUGGGUGACCGCCUUCGCCGAGCUGUUCAACCGGACCGGCCAGCACUGGGCCCUGGUGCCGCAGCCGCCGUCCACGCCCAAGCCCAGCCAUAUCUGGCGGUGCUUCAGCACAUCAGCCAAGAUCCGGUUCAGAUGCGACACAUGCCAGAACGCCUGGACGUCUAUGCACGGCCAAGUCACAUUCCAGUACUUCCUGCACAAGGGACCAGGCGCCGGCACCGUGCUCUUCCAGCUGUACGGACAGAAGUGCCGCGUCUGCGUCCGUCAGCGGCAGCGCGACCGGGCCCGGGCGGCCGCCGCCGCCGAGGAAGCCGGGGUAGCGCUGUCGGAGCUGUCGCCGGGCCUGCCGGAGCUGUCGGCGGGCCUGUAG